AUGACAAUACUCACAAACCCUUUGUAUCGUCCACUUUUAGAGAUAAUCAGAUCAGCUAGAAAUGGUGUUGUUUACGGUGGUAAAUUGAGGUUUUCACAUGCGCUAGUCAUAAACUUACUAUACAGAUCUGGUCCACUAGGUCCACGUAUGAAGCUGGUUUUGGAAGCGUCAAAAGAUCAUGCUGAGGUAUUGGCUUCAUUUGCAAUAAUUUAUAAACUAGCAGUUAAAAUUCUUCAAAGUGAUGCCUUCCUAGGUCCUAAAAACACACAAUUGCCCAAAUUCAUUGCCGGUUGUUUAGGUUCAUGGAUUGUUUAUUCUGGUCAUUUCAAUUUAUUUCAUGGUGGAAUCACUCAUCAAAUCACCUUGUAUUGUUUUUCAAGAGUUAUAAUUGCAGUGGGCAAGAUUCUUUUGGAUAAUUAUCUUGGAUGUUUUCAACCAAGCUUUACCAAUUUUGCUGGUGAUCAAAUUACAUAUCGUGAUUUAACUCUGCAUCAACAAAAAAAAUUGAAGAACAUGAUUUAUAACAAACUGUGGAAAUAUUUUGCUAUAUUGGUUUGGGGAUUGGUUAUGUUAAUUUAUGAUUAUAGACCACAAUAUUUACAAAGUUCAUUGAGACAUUCAAUGGCAUAUAUUUACGAUGUGGAGAUGGAUACAUGGUCUAAUUGGAAGGAAUUUUUGGGGGUUUAA